CUCAGACAUUUAGAUCAGAUCUCCCUCUCCUCCUCCUCCUCUCUCUCUCUCCCCCCGAUGAAACUGAGCAGGAGUGUGUGCGCGGGUGUGUUUGUCUGAGAGAUGGACGAGGGCAGCAGGCUCCCAUAAAGCACACAUUUCUCCCCGCGGAGGAAAUCGAGGAGGGAGUGGGUCCCCGCUGGAGCUUUGCCCUUGAGGAACCCAGGAACGAGGGCAAACAAACGGCCCCAGAAGAUGGAGAUGCUCGCUGCGUUCACAGGCUGCUGGUGAGGUCUAGUCCUGGUUACAGACAGGUGUACGUCAACUCAGAGGCUUCAAAAUGGAAUCCACUCACCUUCUGAGUGGAUCAAAGAAGAGAGUGAAGAUCCACCCUCACACAGUAACAGCAAAGUAUGCCACUCAAGCCCCGCACUCUCCUCAGCCGGGAAUACACACUCACUUCCCCCAGCCAGGGGACGAAGGCUACGAUGACGCUCCGUCCUUUGAGGACUUUGGCUCCUUCCUUGAGGAGACGUCAGACAAGAAACGACUGACGGAGAGCAAGAAAUGGCCCAUGACACUGUUUGGCUCCAAAGAUAAAAACAAGGAUGCAUCCCAUAAACUCCAGGCAACUGGAGGAGGGGGAGAAGGGAGCGAGGGGGGAGCCAAAGCAGUGAAGGGUUCUGGGAAAGGCGUAGGGGAACAACUGGCUAGUUUUGGUGAGGCUUCUGUGUCGGCAUCUCGCUUCACCUGGCUGGGGCUGUUUUGCGCGGCGCUGGCUCAUGGCUGUUUGAUAGUCCUGACCCGCCUUGCCGUUGAACGCUUCAGCCUUGGACCCCUGUUUCUCCUCCUGGUGCGGUCUAUCGUACAGCUCCUGUCUGUGGCCAUCCCACUAUAUCGAGGGCAGAACCCUUUUGGACCGGAGGGUUAUCGACUACGUCUACUCUGUUAUGGCAUUGCAUACUCCCUCUCCCUUUGUUGUGCCUACUCAUCCUUAACCUUCGUCUCCCCUGGAGAUGGUACAACAACGUGGCGUUUGGCAACUACAGCCCUGUCUGCAACCCUUGCCUUCCUGCUUCUGGAGGAAAGGCUAGGACUGGCUGACGGGAUAACCACAGCAGCGGGAUUGUGCGGUUUGGGACUCCUACUACUUCCUACCACAGACGAGAGCUAUUCAGAUUCACCAAUUGACCCAGUUGCCUUCUGGAAAGGUGCUUUUGGGUGGUCCCUUUCAGCACUCGCUGGGUUGUGGAUGGCUCUGGCUUUGGUUGGGUAUCGUUCACUGAAGGACAGGGUGGGAAUUGGUACUGCUUUGUUCACAGUGAGUUGGACAGGCUGCCUGCUAACCCCAGCCACUUUGGUUCUGCUCCAGGAAGGCUGGUCCUGGCCAAUGAGUGCCCCAGCAUGGGGCCUUAUCCUGGGUUUGGUAGCUUGCUCAGUAGCAGCCUUCUUAGGGAUGACACAUGCCCUCACCCGUCUCCACCCAGCUCUGGUUUCUGCCUCCCAGAGCUUGGAGAUUCCCAUUGCCAUGCUGCUUCAUCUUGCAGUGUUCCCUGUGGCUCCCACUGCUCCCGAGGUUGUGGGCAACGUGAUGGUUGUGCUGAGCGUCGGCUGGCUGGUGGCGAUGAAGCUGCUUCCCUCUCGAGGUGGCGGGCGGCGCCAGAGGGAGGAGUAUGAGGAGAUUCUGGAGUCACCCAUAAAAUAAACCCCAUAUUUCCUCUUUUUUUCUUGUCUCCUUCACUUCUAGAAUCAGGAGUGCUGUGAGAAACCAUUUCCCCUCUUUCAGGUGAUUAACUCCGUCUGGAAAUACAAAAUGCAAUCGAUCAUAAAAAAUAGGAAAUCUGUGAGGGGGCGAAGUCUUUUCCACAGCCCUGUCGGAUCCACUGUACAGAAGAGACAUAAAUGUUCAUCUGAGAUUUUGUAUUGUUGUCGUUGCUUUUGGGAAAGUGCCAAUAUUGUGUUGUCUGUUGCAGUGAUGAUGUGAUAUUAAAAUCUGUCGGCGUGCACGG